AUGACAUCGGAACCUUCAACGACCUCAACGACUCCGGAACCUUCAACGACCUCAAUGACUUCGGAACCUUCAACGACUCCGGAACCUUCAACGACCUCAACGACUCCGGAACUUUCAACGACCUCAAUGACUUCGGAACCUUCAACGACUCCGGAACCUUCAACGACCUCAGCGACUCCGGGGCCUUCAACGACCUCAACCCCUGGAAUAGUGACCAAACAUGCCAUGUACUCUUGGGCGGAUGCGAAUGACACCUGUGUAAGACUCGGAGGAAAGCUCUACACGCCCAAGAGCGGUGAAGAAGCGAUGGACCUCUCUAUCCAACACGGAACUAUCUGGACGGAGCUAACAGACUUCAACGAGGACGGAAUCUGGACAGACUUCGACGGGAAGCCUUCGUACCCGAAUUUCUGGUGUUCGGGUGAGCCUGACUCGGCAACGGACCUCUGCGCCUACAUCAGGUCGACAGGCUGCCUGGCCAACCGGCCUUGCUACAUCACCACGACCCUGUGCGUCAGCCUGUAG